AUGGGUACUGUUAUUAACGGCGUUGUUUGUCUCUACCAAGGUCAAACGCCUAAUGUUGUAUUAUGGAACCCAACCACCGAGGAAUUCAAGGUCAUUCCUCCCAGCCCUACUGAGACCCCCGUAAUUUACGAGGUUGGAUAUUUUGAAUAUAAUGGAUUUGGUUAUGACCUUGUUCGAGAUGACUAUAAUGUAAUUCGACACGUAUUAUAUCUAUUAGAUGUAUCUGAUACUGAUGAUAUGGAAGAUAAGCCAAACUAUGUGUCACGUAAAAAUACUUGGGAGAUAUAUAGUCUAAGACGUAAUUCUUGGAAGAAACUUGAUUUGGAUUUGCCUCAAAUUCGUUCUAAUUGGGGAGAACUCUCUAUAUACAUAAAUGGAAUGUGUCAUUGGGCUGAAGGAAAUGGAGAUGAAUCAUAUAUGGUGUCAUUUUACUUAAGCAAUGAGUUGUUAUGUAUAACACCUUUUCCCACGGAUAUGAAUGAUAGUUUUGAUGAUUUUGUAAUAAAAAACUUUAGGGUAUUAAAUGAGUCCAUUGCUUUGAUCUUAAAUUAUCUAGAGAUGGCUACUUUUCAUAUAUCAAUUUUGGGUGAAUUAGGUGUGAAGGAAUCGUGGACUAAACUUUACAUUAUUGGGCCUAUACCUUGCAUUGAGCAUCCUAUUGGAGAGGGGAAAAAUGGUGAUUUAUUCUUUAGAAGAAAAGAUGGUGAAAUAGUGUGGUUUAAUUACAAUACCCAAAAGAUUGAGGAACUUGGUCUUCAAGCGGAUGCAUAUACUCCUGAUAUUGUCAUUUACAAAGAAAGUCUUCUUCCUAUUGGACAAAUAUAUAACUGA